ACGCGCCCAGGUGAGCUCCAGCUAGCCGCUCCUUGAGCUUGGCCACCUGCCUGGGAAACUUGUGGUUGGUUGUGGCCCUCGGGUCGUUUCCGGGCGGGGACAGGAACCGGGCCAUGGAAGAUACUUCGGGGACUCGUGAGCCCCGGGCCCGUCCGAGAGAAAGAGACCGGGACCGGCGUCCACACCCGGACCGAGACCGCCACGUCGAGCGGCCACGGGAUCGAGACAGGGACAGGCACAGGGAGAGGAACGGUGACACCAGAGGAAACGGGGACCGUCGGGCUGGGCGGGACCCGAGGACAGACCGAGACCCGCUCCAGGACAGACACAGGGACGCGGGCCAUCGCGCAGCUGAACAAAGAGCCUGGGAGAAGUCCCGGCAAAGCCGUGCACGGCCAGAGCCCUGGGUACCUAGUUGGGACUCAGCCCCGACCCCCGGGCCCGCGCCCUGGGGGCCCCCGGAACCGCCGCGGAAGCAGGGCCUCGGACGCCGCGGGUUGGAGAGUGAGCUUCCUUCAGAAAGAUAUGUGCCCACACACUCCGGGCCUCCUCGACAAGAAGAGGACUAUUACCCUUCCGAAGCUGAGGGGAUCCUGGAAUGCCACAAAUGCAGAUACCUGUGCACAGGGAGAGGUGUGGUGCAGAUAGUGGAGGUGAUUUUGAAUGGUAUGGUCCUCAUGUGCAUCGUGGCCUCCUACUUUGUCCUGGCUGGAUUCAGUGCCAGCUUUGCCAGCGGCGGCGGCUUCGGGAAUAACUACUACUCACCUUUUGAGGGCACCGAGCUGGAGCAGGUUCGGCAGCUGGACCAGCAGUACACGAUCCUGCGGUCUCCCCUCAUCUACGGAGGCGUGGCUGUCUCCCUGGGGCUGGGCGUCCUCACUAUGGGCGUUUUACUGCAGGGAGCCAAGAGUCUAAGGAAGCUGCCCGGAAGGUGGUUGCUGAUGGAGGCCGCCUUCAGCCUUCUGGCCGCCGUGGGCUACUGCGUAGGCAUUGGCUUUUACUUGCACGCAGCACUGCGCAUCAAUUCCACUGACACUUGUAAAACCAGAGAGAGACUCUACGCCCGCAAGGGUCUCACCUGGAUGAACUGCCAGCUGGCGGGCACUGACGGGGCAGCAGCCACCUUCGCUUGCCUUCUGGUGAUUUUGUAUGCUGCCAGCGUGGUGCUGGCCCUGCGGGCCUACCGAGAACAGAAGCUCUACAAAGACAGCCAGGAACAGUACAGAAACUACCCCGAUGUCCCAGAAUACCUGUGGUCUGGGACGCUCUAAGGAGACCUGGAACCCUCCUUUGUUCCUCUCCUACAAGCACAUGGGCACAACCAUGAUUUCCUAUAUUUGAUUUCUUAAGCUCCCCCAGGCAGCGUAGCAGAGUUAAGUUAUAAAAGGAGAUCAGUUAAGUCUGUUGGCCCACCCCGUGAAAGCUUAGGGGGUGGGGGGACCGUCUUUGUUGAAAAGAGCCAUCUGGCAAGCCUGGGUAUGCCAUCAAGGUAG